AUGUCGUCUCAAGACAACUCGAAGAAGGACGGUUCGGCCGACUGGGCCAACAAAGACGGACACUACCGUCGUCAGGAAUCCUCUUUCCGUACUACCAUCGAAAAGGGCGGUAAGCACGAACCCGAGCUGGGACGCUACCAUCUCGUCGUUGCGCUCGCUUGCCCCUGGGCACACCGUACGCUUAUCGUGCGUAAGCUCAAGGGCAUUGAUCGCGUUCCCGAUUUGCUUCCCGUUCACGUCGUCGACUCACUCCUCGGCAGCGAAGGUUGGAGCUUUGUGCCUUAUGAAGAGCCUAAAGGCUACGGUGUUCCCGGUACCGGUAUCAAGAUCCCCGGUCACGAGAACAAGAAACGAAUCCGAGACCUCUACCUCGCCGCUGACCCCAACUACUCGCAACGUUGCACUGUGCCCAUCAUCUGGGACAACAAGCUCAACACGAUUGUCAACAACGAAUCGAGCGAGGUGAUUCGUAACCUCAACUACUGCUUUGACGAUUUCAUCCCCGAGGAGUUGCGAGGUGUCACUUUCUACCCGCAGCAACUCGCCAAGGAGAUUGAUGCAUUCCACGAGUGGGUCUAUCCAACCGUCAACAAUGGUGUUUACAAAUGUGGCUUCGCAACCACCCAAGCAGCGUACCAGUCCAACAUCAAGCCGCUGUUCGACAGCCUCGAUCGCAUCGAAAAGAUGUUGCAAGAUGGCAGGACCUAUCUGUACGCUGACAAGCUCACCGAGGCCGACAUCAGGCUGUACACUACAAUCGUUAGGUUCGACCCGGUUUACUAUACCCACUUCAAAUGCAACUAUCGAACCAUCAGAGAUGGUUAUCCCAACAUCAACAGGUGGAUGCAAAACCUCUACUGGAACAACCCGAGUUUCAAGGAUACUACCGACUUCGAUAGCAUCAAGGCUCAUUACUUCCAGAGCCAUGUCAACAUCAACCCACACCGAAUCGUGCCAGAAGGGCCCGUACCGCAUAUUCUGCCGCUGGAAGACUGA